GUAACACUGCGGAGGCUUUAAGGCAGAUAUGGGUUGUGGCAGGAGGAGAACAACAUCCACCAUCCAUUGGCACCAUGAGGUGGCGGAUACAGGCACAGCCAUGGGUCCUGCAAGUCAAGGCCACCAACCGCCAAGCAUCAUGGAAACUCCAUAGCCAAAAGAACACCAGUCUCUCUCCUCUCCCAGCAGUGACAUGAGAAGCGCCGGGGCUGGCGGGAUGCCGGGAAAGUUGGUGGGAAAAUAAAAGGAAUUCCUUUCGCAGAGUUUCGUGGAAGCAGCUGAGAGUGGAAAACGGUGAAUUCAUUCUUCAUCCACAACAAUUCCCAGCGGGGGGACACAGAAUGUGGGCGAUCGGCUGCUUGCUGACGACAAGUAUGAUAAUCCUGGGAGCGACGGGCACAGAUCACUUCUACCGCUCAGGGCGCAGAGUAUGCUCAUCCGGCGCUCAGGCGGGAGUCAUGUCUGUGACGCAAUCUUUCGUCCAGCCUGUUUACCAUCCACUGAUCACACUCUGCGAGGGGCAUCGUGUCUGCAGCACCUACAGGACUACGUACAAGAUUGCAUACAGACAAGUGAUGAAGAAGACGCCUCUUCCGCUGUACACGUGCUGCCCGGGUUGGAAACGGAUGGACAGCCACAUGCCGGGGUGUAAUAAAGUGGGAUGCAGAGUUCAGAUAAACAAUGGAGGAACGUGUAUCGGAUACAACAAGUGCAAAUGUUCCACGGGCUGGAGGGGAGACCUCUGCCAGACAGAUGUGGAUGAGUGCACAAUGGGAAGCCAUCAGUGUGCACAAACAUGCAUGAACACUGCCGGAAGCUUCCACUGUGGGUGCCAGGAAGGAUUCCAUCUGUUGGAGGACGGGAGGUCAUGUGACAAAUUGGAGAAGCCAGCAGCCACACAGCCGCCUCUACUACCUCCGGUAGUGAAUGUAACUGGUAAGUCCAAGUCCGUCAAGGAGGAUAUACAAGAACUGAGGAACAAAAUUGAAGUGCUAGAGCAGAAACUUCAGCUGGUUUUGGCUCCAUUUCACAGUCCAUCAACCUCGUCACCAGAGGACAUCCUGGGCCCCAUCACACUUCUGACACACUCCUUCCAGCAGCUGGACAGGAUAGACUCGCUCAGCGAACAGAUCUCUUUCUUGGAGGAACGGCUGGAGACGUGCUCCUGUAAGAAUGAACUUUGACCACCAUGGCCCA